UCAGAAUGUGAAUGGAUUUGUCAACCAACACAAUUUGUCUCAGGAAAUUGCACAUAAGCCCAAUCACAAUAACAACUAUUCCUACAAUUAUGAUCACACACAUCAGCAUGAAGUUAUGAAAAGUGAUAAUCAUCAACAUAAUAAUUAUAUUGAUGAUCACCAUGACCAUGUUCACAAACACAACAUCCAUCAGCAUAAUCAUUCAUUCUCCCCAGUUUAUACACCGCCUUUACCAUCCUGGUUUCAGGUUUUUUCUCAUCUUGCGCCUAUUCAAAAGACAAUAUUUACUUGGUUUCUAAUACAUGGCAGCAUUGGUAUUUGGUUAUAUUGUAUAGGAGUCAGUUUGGAAAGUUUAUCACUGGUUGGAUUCUCAUAUUUGAUGUUAUUUGACGCAUUGGGCGUAUUAAAUUUGUUUAUAUCAAGUGUCUUGAAAACACAAUCUGCAUUUAGUAUAUCAAAUAUAAAACAGCCAUUUGGAGCGCAUAGAUAUGAGAUCGUAUUUGCAUUAGGAACAAAUAUUUAUCUUCUUUUUGCUACUAUGCAUAAUACAAAAGAAUCAUUAGAACAUUUUUUGUUAGAAAGUCAUCAUGUACAAGAGGAACACGAAAAUGGAGAACAUCAUACAAAGCUUACUUUAGGCAUGUUUCUUUUGAUGGGAUUUGCAAUAACGGCAACAUGUCUUUCAAGUAUAACAUUAGGAAAUCAUGAUAAUUUUGUACGUUACUUGAGAAAAAGACCAACAAUCGUACAUGGAAUUGUAUAUAGUGUAAUCAAUAGAGCAAGAGGAAAUCCUAUUCAUGUUCUAUUAUCAAACAUUUAUUCAUCUUCAAUUGCAUUAUGUGGAUCAGUAAUCUUACUAUUUUAUAUGUUUGGUGCUGCUACCCCUUUUUUUGAUAAAAUGUUAGCAUUGUUUGAAUCAGUGGUCAUGUUUUAUUUAGGAUAUCCUACCGCUAAAGCAUUAGCAAAAAUCUUAUUACAAACAACACCUAUUGCAGUUCAAAAUGGCGUGGAGAAUAGACUUCGAGAAAUUCUACAAGAUCCUAAUAUUAUUCAUGUAAAUCAUACUCAUUGUUGGCAAAUAACUUAUGGUAAAUGUGUAGGAACAAUAGAAAUUCAAAUUAAACCUGAAGCAGAUGAUCAGGCAAUACUACGAUUUGUAUAUCAAAAAUUAGAAGGAUUAACGAGUAAUAAUUUUGAGACUUCUGGCAAUAAUAGUAGUGAACUUACUGUUAGUAUCGUGAAAUAAUCUUCAAAAGGAAAGACAACGAUACUUUACCUCCAAGAAAAAUAAAAUAAAAUAUGAAUUUAAAUAUAAAAAUGCUUACAGUAUCAAUAUGCAGAACUUAGUAU